CAGUAGACAUCAAUCCUUAAAGAUAAUAUCCUUUAUCGAUCCUAUAGAGAAUAUCAUUUCUAACCCAUGGCACCCAAGGAUAGCGACUUCCACGUCCUGUUGACAGGAGCGAACGGCUUUGUAGCCUCGCAUAUACUAACGAUCUUGCUCGCGCGUGGAUAUGCUGUUACUGCGACAGUGCGCUCAAAGGAAAAGGCCGCUGAGAUCGUAAGAACCCACCCCUCAUGGGAGGGCAAGAUUGAAUUUGCAAUUGUCGCAGAUUUCACCUCAGCGAAGCCAUUUGACGAACUGUUCAUUAAUUCGAAAAUUCCUUUCACCCAUAUAAUCCACACGGCAUCCCCCGUGAACUUCCGACUCGAAGAUAUUCAAAGGGAAAUUAUCGAGCCAGCCGUAAGAGGGACCACAGAGAUUCUCAAGAGUGCCCAUCACCACGGUGGCGCAAACCUGAAACGUUUCGUCCUGUUAGGAAGCGCAGUAUCCGUCUUGAACUCAUUUGAGGAUAUCACGCAGGAAGGCCGGCCCUAUACUGAGAAAGACUGGAACCCGGUCACAGCUGAGGAUGCCAUCGCCAGAAAGGACGUGGUUCUCGGAUACAACGUCUCUAAGAUACGAGCGGAGUCUGCGGCUUGGGAAUUUAUGAAAUCAGAGUCGCCUUGUUUUGACCUUGUCGUCAUUAAUCCGGAUAUCAUUACUGGACCAAUGACGCACCCGAUUUCUGGCCCCAAGUCUAUUAACGAGACAAAUCACUUUGCGAUCGCUAGCUUUAUUGACGGAACCCAUCAGCAGGUUGAAGGGGUGACGUUUCCGUUCUACCACUUCGUGGAUGUCCGCGAUGUGGCUCGAAGCCAUGUUGAUGCUUUGACAAACACCAACGCCAGCGGGCAGCGGAUUCUUCUAAUCUCAGGCCUCAUCUCGCCGCAAUUGGUCGUAAAUAUCAUUAGGAAGAAUUUUCCUGCCCUGCGGGAUAGGGUCCCUAAAGGAAACCCGUCGCAGGUCCUCCCGCUAGGAGUGCAUCCGACCGGAUGGGAUACGCAGCUGAGUCUGGAGAUUCUUUCCAAGGGAACAAAGGAACGACGCUGGGAGUAUAUUGAUCUAGAGACUAGUGUCACUGACACCGUUCGAAAUAUGAUAGAGGCGAAGGUAAUCUAGUCGCAGGCCCUAAGGGCGUUGCUCUGCUUUCUGGAUUCGUUACGUUUUUUGAGGUAAAAAGUUCUUUAUAGCGCUAUAAAUAUCUAACUAUACCCGAAAAAAAUCGCAAUUAACAAUCACGUCACAAAACCGAACAUCGACAAAUGGAAGCCAUGGGUGAUAAUAUCCGUAUAUUUUACUUUUUAUUCGAAGAAG